UUGUUCUUGUCGCCAAAAAUAACCGAGUUCCACCGCGAAGGCCAUGAUAUCUUUUACUCGUUUGUUCGCGUUUGCCACAUACAUACAUGCAUACAUACCCUCAUGCUGCAUUUCCCAGGCUUGGUGCAUAUCCCUGCAUUUGUAACGACACCCAAUCAUUGCUUGCAUCCAUCUCGCGGGCGUUCCCUUCCAACCGGUUCACGCAAACUAUCUCUUUCAUUGUUCUUCAUGCACGAAACUUUUACCUUGAUACCACACUCAUUUACUGGACUUUUUGUUGUUGCUGCUGCGAGCAUGGCUUCUACACACUCGCUUUUCCCCAUUCAUUCAUACAUUCAUUCAGCGCCGGCUUGGCUGGCUGGUCCUACUAUAUUACAUUCUCUCAACCAGCGUGCUGGGCGGAUACGCAUGAUGAUGAUAACGAUGUUGUUGUUGCUUUUUGAUGUCAGAAGAUACCGUUGACACUCUCUUCGUAUACAUUCGUUUGGAUAUAUAGGGUUUUGGGGGGCGCAAGUUGAUAAACAUUCUCUUAGAUACAUACAUAUAGGGUGCUAGAGGACACGAUAUUGAUCAAUACACUUUGUUACGAAA